AAUCCACUUCCACUCACUCGUUUCUCCACCAGACUUCUUUUGCUAACUUGCGUUUUCUAUCCACUUCACAUAUAAUUCCCCAGACUACCCAGGCACGAAGACACGAUGCCCGGUGAGCCAGCGAAGCGCCAAAAGCGCGAAGAGUACAAACGCUCGAUUCAGGAUGAACAAAAUGCAGUAUUGCCAAAGAAGAAAUUCUACAGGCAGCGCGCGCACGCCAACCCUUUCUCGGAUCAUUCUUUGACUUAUCCUAGUAGCCCCGCGGAUAUGGACUGGGCGAAAUUCUACCCUGCACAUGCUGCUGAAAGCCAAGAGUUGGAGAUGACAGAUGCACAAGACAAGUCACAUGAGGAAGAGCCACGGAAGGUCAAAUCGAUCACGAAGAAGGUUGAGAUUGCUGAUAUUGGAUGUGGCUUUGGUGGACUGCUGUUUGCGCUGGCACCCAAGUUCCCGGAUACUCUGAUACUGGGUAUGGAGAUCCGCACCUCCGUAACAGAAUACGUGCAAGACAAGAUCCGCGCUCUACGCGUCCAAAACGCACAAACAUCCGGCUUCCAAAACGUAUCCUGCCUGCGCGCCAACACGAUGAAAUUCCUGCCCAACUUCUUCGAAAAAUCCCAGUUGAGUAAAAUCUUCCUCUGCUUCCCGGACCCGCACUUCAAGCAGCGCAAGCACAAGGCGCGCAUCGUAUCCUACACGCUGAACUCCGAGUACGCGUAUGUGCUCCGACCUGGCGGCGUCGUGUACACGAUUACCGAUGUGCAGGAUUUGCACGAGUGGAUGAAGGAGCAUUUUGAGAAGCAUCCGAGUUUUGAGCGCGUGGAGAGGGAGUUUGAGGAGGGGAGCGGGGAGGAGGGCGAGGGCAUGGAUGAGUGUGUGAGGAUUAUGCGGAGCGAGACGGAGGAGGGGAAGAAGGUCGAGAGAAAUAAGGGGUUGAAGUUUGUUGCGUGUUUUCGGAGGGUGGAGAAUCCGCCGUGGCCUUGAGGCGGGUGGUGUUGGAGGGAGGAUGGGGUGCUCGUUGAUGGGGCAAUUGAAAAAUGAGAGUUCGUCUUACGCUGGUGCUACUUUGAAAAUUCUGUAAUGGGGGUUUUCUCGAGGUGUGAGGCUCCUUCUUGAUAUUCCUAGGUUUUCCUACUCCUCUUCUCAUGCUAAAAGCCACUGGAAAUGGGUAGAGCGUGUAGGUUUGUAGUCCAUGUUGUGAAGACAGCGUCGGCUAUGCGGUGGAUGUCGUACACGUACCAUGCGUUUUCUGUAACGACGAA